AUGAGCAAAAUGAUAGACGUGGCUUCAAGAUGCCGCCACCCUUGCUUACUCCAGUUUAUCGGAGCAACUAACGAUGAAGGAUUUCCUUUGAUUGUGACAGAACUCAUGGAAACAAGUCUAGAAUCAUUGUUAACCUCGCGAUGUCUUUCAGAACAAGAAAUCUCCUUUAUUUCUAAGGAUGUAGCUGGGGCAUUGAGCUAUCUCCACCACAAAUUACCUUCUCCAAUUAUCCACCGGGACGUUAGCAGUGCCAAUGUGUUGCUGUGGCGGCAAGGUCACCAGUGGAGAGGAAAACUGACCAUUUCAAUUGCUACAACUUUCCAGCGGGAAACCAUGACAACUGCUCCAGGUGAUAUGAAAUACAGUGCACCCGAGACAAUUACUUCAACACAAACUGUGAAGGUUGGUGAUGAUUUGUAACUUAACAGAUAGUGUAAUAUACCAUACGGUUUGAACCCAGAUGUCACAACUGAUUGUGCGGUUUCAACGUCUGAGUGAGGGUACGAUCAAGUGCUCUGCAUGGCUUCGGAUACAAAAGCCAUUUGCUGAAAUGCAGGAAAACAUUUUGCGGCUUUUUGACGUUAAAAUAAUCCUCCACUGGAGCAUAGUUGCAUUUCGCUAAUAGUCCUCAAAAUCGUCAACGAUUUCUUUAGUUAUUUUGAGCUAUUAUUAAUUUACCCUUGACGUUUUUGUGAUAUUGGCAUUAAUCUAAAUCUAGCAUUGCGCACAACUUGGCCUUUUGUCCAUUAACAGUAAGUAAGUCAAUUUAUAUUUUUAUGUUUUGAUCAGGUGGAUGUCUACAGUUUUGGUGUUCUUCUGUGUCAGAUGUGCAUCCGUGAAUCUCCGGAUCGUGAAAGGCGUAGCCAACAAGUCGAAAUGGUGACCAACCAGGCGAUUCAAGACUUGAUAAAGGCAUGUUUGGAAACGGAUCCUGAGGAUCGACCAGGCAUCGAGAGAAUCGUUAACGAGUUGGGCUAGGGCAAGCCCCAUUUAUUUCAGAAAGGUCAAACCUCAUUCAUAUCGAGUCGGUUUUGCAGUUGCAAGUGUAAUCAAAGCCAGAGAAAUAACAAGUUUAGGGUUAUAUCCUUGCAGACAAACGUUUUGUAGCAUUGAAAAUGAAUCAGAUAACGUUUUGACAAAAUGAUAGUUGCAAAAUCUUGCUAUCUUUUGUAUCGAUUGAACGAAUAACAACAUAACCUGAAAGAAAACAGUCAAGUUUUCAUAGUGAUUUAAAAGUUAAAACCUGUUCUACUAUAAAAAAUCAUUAAUCUAAUUUAAUCCUUUGAUCAUGUAAGUGCAGUCAACAAGGUUCAUAGGACCGUAUGACUCAUCAUAACAGUGAGAAAUAUCCAUAAUUAUCAUCAUCCAACCUGAUAUACCUGCAACUCGUUCAAAAUUUUGCUUUUUGUUUCUAAAACUUACCUUUUUCCGUGCCAUUGAGCUCGGGGCUCCCUAGUCGAGGAUUAUAUUUUUAAUUUUUGUGUAAAUUUUGUACUUCUUUGCAGCCUUAGAAUGUUUCAUGGGUUGCAAAUUCGAGAACCUCGGGAGUGCCGUUAAGGCCCUAUAUAUCAGACAUUUAAACCAUAUAGACGCUUCGGAGAGCUUUGAAUAUGAUAGGCUAUUUAUUCAUCUCAGGUCAUUUUGUUUUAUAACGUACUUGACCUUUUUAGGAUGUUGUACACCAAAUGUCUUUUUUUGUUGUAGAGAGAGAAAGGAAGUCUAAGAGGGGUGAGAGAAGUUGAACUUGUGUCUGAACCUGGCCAUUUUUCUUUUAUAAAAGCAGAAAACUCUCAAGGUCAAGAAAAAAAAAGAACAAAAGGCACGUUUUCCACCUGUGUUUUGAAGUCAAGUUUAACAUUUUUUUUAUUAUUUAUUUACCCACGCUACAUCUAGGAGUGAUAAAAUUUUUUUUUCUAUUCUUUAAAAGUUUAAAAUGUGAUUCUUUGUCGCUGUUAUACGGAUUAGCAGCCUAGAACAGCGAGAGCAAAGAAAUGUAUUCAUAGCUUAAACCUUUGAUAGCUUCGGAAAGUGAUUUUCAUAAUACGAACAAGCCAAGCCAAUUGGAAUGCUUUUAGCUGCCAACCAAAAUUGUAAAGAAUAUAUUGGCUUAUUAAACCCUUAUUGCAGCUUCCCCAGAUUUUUGCAUAUUUUGCCUUUGGUUAGUCAAUACAGGGAUAGAACGGAAGAAAAAUGAACGCGAGCGUGUUUAUCAUUGUAUGUUCUAGAAGCAUCAACUGUGAGGAAUGUAAGUAAUUCUAUUUCAUAAGAAUGAGCACCAUUUUGGACUAAACGAAGGAAAAUGAUUUAUUUGUCACACCGACUCGCGAACAUCUUUGAAUCGAGUUUGAAGGACUUUUUAAGUGUGACCAGAAAGGUGUUUGAGUUUUUGUUUGCAUUGUAGUACUGCAAUUCAACCAUUUAUAAGUAUUAGAAGUAUUGUACAUGUAAGUAAAUUUUAAAUUUUUAGCUUGUGUGAAAUGAGAAGCAUUUAUUUAGUGUAUUUUUCCUGAAAUUUCACGCUGAUAAACGGCAAGGUUAGGAGACGUCAUGAAACCAAAGAUCUGUAGCGAUCACCGAAAUUUCGAAAAUGCGAUCCUAAAGUGCAAAGGGAGAGAGCAGCUUCUAAGGGCGGGUGAUUUUUUUUUCUUUGCUUCGGUAGAGGCACAAAUUUUGAACGCCCAUUAACCCUUUUACUCCCAGGUCAAAUUUGUAAUUCUCCUUACUGUCAACAAUACAAUUCUUAUAAUGUUAGUUCAGAGAAUUUAGUAUUGGAUCAACUAAUUAUCCCCAAAUUGAUAUUUUUCUUUAUUCUCAUCACUUACCUGGUUAAUACUGUAUUGAUACUGUAAGGAGAAAUUUUGUCUUGGUCACUCAUGGGAGUUAAAGGGUUAACAACAGGCAAGUCCAGUGACACCUCCGCUACCACCAUGGUCAUGGUCAAACCAGAACAGAACGACGCCAUCUGAAAUAGCUUAGCUUAACCCUUACACGGACCGUCUUGAAAAAACGUGUCUCAACUGUCCACCAUUACCAUACAGCCGGCAGCUGAUGCAACCCUUCCUACCUUGUAAACGUGUUGGCCAGAAUAAGAAGAAAGAGAUAUACGAAUGUUAGAUAGGGGUCACCCAAGGUUUACCUACCCUCUUUAAAUGGGCCUUUAGUUUCAUCUGAUCACAAUAAUGAAAUAAACUCAGUGAAGAACUAAUCGUACCAACAUCAAAGUUUGCCUAAACAGGCAGAGUGUGGAGCGAGAAAAACUAGCACCAUGACUCUGUGGUAAUGAUGUCUUUUCCAAGUGGAGAAAAUUUCGUUCCAUUUUGUUUAUUUUAAUAUCAUUAUGUUUUUUUGUAAGAUAUUUACAAAGGCAGCUCUACUCUAAAAAACAACAUUCUGAUCCAAAAGUAUUUGUUACUCAGCUUAAUUUGAGAUAUGUCUGCGGUUUAUCCAGAACACCAUGGUUACUAUACUGUAGAAAUUCCCGUCUAAUCCUGUUUUGCUGAGGAAUCUAUUUCAUCUCCCAUACAAAUGUCUUGCAAGUUAAUCCUCGGACGCUCGCGAUAAAAGCCUUCUUCUCCCAGUGAAUUAUUUGCAUGUUUACUGGCUUGGGCACCCCAUCUACGGGUUUAAGACCUGCUGAAUUAUGUCACUAUACUAAAACCUCCUGCUACUUGAAAUAUGAUCCAAGAUGUAGAAAGAGAAAUGUCCUGUUGAGCACAACGAGACGAGGACGAGAAUUUUGUUCUCUAGGGUACAGAAAUUCAACAUUUGAAUCAAUUCUCCUGAAGAAACAUGAAAGGUAAAGGAUUAAAGUUCAUCGGGAGUAUACUUCCGAACCCAGAAUACAAGAUCCGGAGCUCAAGUUUGAUUGAUUGUCACGCUUUAAGAAGAAGAGACAUAAACAUACAUUUUAUGAGCUCUUAUGUGCUAUAAUGAUAUGUUCGCAGUAACGACCUUGAAGUGCCCACUUGACCAUAUGGUCUGAUACAAAAGGAUUCUGUUCGCUAAGCAGAGGUUUCCUUUGUUUUUCGCUCUGAGUGUCGGUCGAUUGUUUUUGAUAUCAACUCGCAGUUAUGCUAUGCAACGCUUGUUCGAACUUUUUUCUCGUGUCAUCGAGAAUAGUUCGGUUUUUUUAUCUGUAGUUUGACACCAGAUCUUGACACCUAUCAGUUUUAGCGAUAUCCUUCGCUAGUAACAAUCGAACUUGUUGUUGAAAUUUUGCCUAGAGUUAUUGUGACUAAGUGACCGAUGGUAAGGCCAAAAGGCUGAUAGGCAAGUCCUCUGAACCAUUAACCAGAUUUUGAUUAUUUCCAAAAACAGUAUGCAUUUCCUUGGUUGAAAACUUUCAAUAUUUGAAAUUGGAAACUAUGCAGGCUUCCAGAAGCAAGCAUAUUUCGUAUUCCAACGCUACAAAGCUUUAAAAAAUAACAACGAAAUCAUUAGUUUAGAGUUGUUGAUAAGUGCGAAUCACUUGCCACUUUCUGAUCAAUUUUUCGUUUCCCUUGAGGUGCAAAGCAUUUGAGUCUGGAAUAGGUAUGUCAAGUCGCGGCUCAAAGACCCACCCAACCCCCACCCAUACUUUUGUUUAGCCACCCCUCCCCCAAUAGGGUGUCAGUUAACAGUCUCAGUAUUGUGUUUUUGAAAGAUUGUCACUUGCUUACUGUCUGAAAAGUGUAUGGAUAGCACUCGCUCUUUUUGCGAUGUUAAAAACGAAUUCAGCAUGACUGUACAUUACCUUCUCGUUCAGAACAUUAAGGAAUGCGCCCUCUUCAAGUGACAUGUUUUUUUAUGCUUCUACGAGGUUGUGAUGCAAAAAAUUAGAAAGAGGAACGAGACUACAGGAAGAUCCAGAUGAAAAAACGCAAUUUGUUGUCGCUGACAAAACGAAGUCGUCUUCAAUAGGGACUGAGUUGAGGGCCUCGACGAUAAUUUGAAACGCCUUUCAGACGCCUUAGCUGAACUGUUUUUGGAGACUCUUUCUCUUGAGGAACGACUACAGUUAUUCAACCGACAAACAGAACAAGUAAGUCAUUUCCACCGAUAAAUACAGUAAGAAAUUCAAUGUAAGUUGCCAUCCAUCAGUCUGGGAUAUUAAACUUUGAAGCAAAUACUUCUGUGGGCGCUUUCAGUUCUACUGACUCGGAUAUAAACAGCAGUGAAAGGUUUGGGCAUGAAAAUUGUUCUGUCGGCAGACAUGAUACUUGACGACUGGAGUGUUAAAUCAGGAAGUAGAAAUAACGAGUCAGCCCAUUAAGAACGAUGGCUUCAAUUAAAUUCAACUGCUUCUGAUCACACUUUUUCUUACAAAGUUGUAACAUGCAACAUAUGCUUUUCCUGUACAAAAAUGUAAUAACAAAUGAAAUGGUUAUGAUCUCUCCAUAAACUGAUAAUAAGAAACAGACAAGCGUAAACGAAUACGACUUAUGAUUGUUAGGACGGUACAAAGGUUAAAGCUUAAUUAAGGAUUCUGGUUGAAUGAAAACUACAAAGAUGCUUGCCGCAUCACGAUGUGUGCAUUUAUCGUUUAGAACCAAGUUGCAUCCCGUUGCAAUACAUGCCAUUAAAAUUUUAAGAUGGUUGUUACUUGGGAGACCGCUUUUAUUUCAGUUGAGUUGACUGCGCAUUUUUCUCUUGCGUGUUUACAUUCAAUCGUAUCGUAUCGUAUCGUAUCGUAUCUUAUGGCUCGGCUUUCAUUUCGAUAAGCGAUAAAUAGCACCUUCAGAAUUAUGCGGCGAAUUGAAUUGUAAUUAUCUCCAAUUUAACGGUCUCCUUUCCAUCUACGCUAGCUGCUACACAUUCCCUUGUCACUUAGUUAAAAGAAUUUGGUAUUAGAUCAAGAUGACAACUUCCACCUGAUAAGUUUGAGUAUCCUCAUUACCUGUUUGCUGGAUAAUGUAUGGAUAUUAUUGGGAGAAGUUGUAUGUUGAUCAUCGCCGGGAGUUAACGGGUUAAUCGUUUGCCUCACGAUGUAAGAGUCGGUCUAAUCAAUCGUGUAAUGAUACGCGACGUUUCAAAUGUUAUACUGCUGGCCUUCGUCAGUCAGGCGACAACUGAAGACUCGCAGCAUAGCGGUUGAAAUGUCGCGAUCGAUACACGAUUGAAAAGACUGACUCGUACAUCGUGAGACAAACAUUUAAACAUUCAGUUAUCCAUAAAACCACGACGAACAACGACACUCUCCAUAAAAUUUAAAAAUGUUUUUGAAGGCAGAUUCCACAGUCUUGACUUACUGAACAAUUGGACUUGAUCAGAUGCAAAAUAUUUACUUUAGUUGUAAGGAUGUUUUGUAUUUACAACGGCCCAUUUUAGACUCUUGCCUCCUUAUUCAACGCGCACAAAAAUAUAGUUUAGGAUUUCCAGAAGCUACAUCAAUUUGGAUCGUUACCGGACAUCUCGUUCACUCUUAACUAAGAGGUUUUUUUUAAAAAAACCCUUGGCUUUUGGGUCACUUGGGCUCAAAAUAGCCUUCGAAAGCGUUACUGCCACUAUCAAAGCUCUUUUGACAAACAGUCAAGUGGCCUAGUUAUUUAACACUCAGAGUUAUGAAACGUAACACUCGGGCGAAAGUCGCCCCACAGCAGAAUUUGUCAGGGAAACAAUUGAAAAGACCACAAAUGAAAUUUUCCAAGUCUUUAUUAAAAAUAAUGUCUGGCUUUGUUCUGUGUGAUUAUCUCUGCGGAUUCAAUCGUGAUGCCAGACCGCGUCAGGCCUGAUGUGACACGCAUCCUGCUAGGAUUAGCAGAGUCGAAAGCGUAAUGUUUGUAGAUAGAACUAAGAGAGAUGGUAAGUUUUGAGCUCGGUAAAAAAUAAGAGAAAUAUGUUUUCGUCUUGCCACGAGCGUGGAACAAAGAAAAAAUUCUGAGUCCCCAUCAGGAAUCCAACCUCAGACCUUCGGAUUCAGGCUUGUUUUGAAAGAAUUAUUUUCAUUUUGCAAGAACAGUUAACGUCAAUUUUUCAGGAUCACGUGUUUGAUUUUCUAUAUUAUUUGAGGGUUUUCCAAUACACACAAAUAGAUUCCAUUGGAGAAAACACGCUUUCCAUUGGAAAAUCGGAAGUCUGUCGGUAAAAUUGGAAAGAUGCUACCGGAAAGGCUAAUGAUUAAAUACAUCAUUAGUCAACAUAUUUGAUGAUUUGUAUUCCCUGUUCUACUUCUUUCGCAGUCCGAUGGAGUCCGAUGGACACGAAUAGAUUAAUUUACAUGGGCAUUUUUGUGCAGAACACAUAUCUGCAUCACAAUUUAUAGAAGAAAACGGGAAGAUAUAUGUCAGGUGGUUCUUCAAUGUCUGGGUCGCGCGCUCGAAAUGAGCUGUCUCGUAUAAUAACUUCGAGAAUCUUAUAUAUUAUUUGUGCAUUUUGUUUGGCUAGGUUGCGUGCUUGUAGCGGGCUGUCAUCAUAGCUUUAUAAAGGACAAGAAAUUUAAGUCAAUAGCACUUGCUUCUGAUCUGCGCUUGCAAAGAGCUGCCUCGCCUCGCGGCCCAGAGAACGGGGCAUAUUUCACGUAAAUUGUAGUGUCAAGCGCCGUUUCGCUUAAAGACUUAAAAAACGAAGUAUAUUUCAAGAGAUCGGCACUUGAAAUGAGCUCUUUCGUUUCAAGGCUCAAAGAAAGCGGUAUAUUUUGGUUUCUUAAUAAUAGCUUCUGACAGAAACCAUUUCACGUCAAGAGCAGAAAUCAUUUUUUUUCGGUGAACUCUCCUCUGCGCAGAUAAGCUUUGUCACAUGGCAUGUGCAGAUUGUAAACUUAAAAAUUUCUAUCAUUCAAACUCAUUAUCAUUUUCAUCAUAGCAUUUGCCAUUAUUAUUAGUAUCAUUAUUAUUUGUGAUCAUUAAUGCCUUUCUAUUAGUUCUUUUCGAUGGAAUUCUCGUCGUUUUUUAAACAAUAUGAAGUAUUUUAGCUUUAAAACGUCAAAAUUCUGCACUAGAUGAGCGCUAUUUACUUUCUUGUUAGGUAGAGAAGGAGAAGAGGAACUCAGAAAGAGAGUUCAUAUGCGGGAUGGGUCAGACACUAACAAGGUUAAACUUUUGGAGAGCACGAGAUGAAUUAAGAGAUACAGAGGCGACCAUCAGAUACCUAAGACGAGAAAUCAAUAGAAAAGAGGAGAGGGUAUCAGAAUUAGAGAGAAUUAAAGAGGAAAGAGACGCAACAGUUUCUGAUCUAAGAACACAACUGAAUGAGAUGGACCGGCGAAAUAUUGAACUCAGGCAAGAGCAAAUAUCUUCUCAGAGCCAACAGCUACAAUUGAGACCAGAAGUAAAAAAAAAUCGUGACUGGGUUAUAAAUCGAAAUGAAGUUCAACUCAUGCAUAAAAUUUUCGGAAAAGGAGCAUGGGGGAGCGUGGUCCAGGGUAAAUUUCGCUGCUGUGAUGUUGCUGUAAAAGAAAUGCAUGAUGUAAUUGUGUCUCCUUACAACAUACAACUGUUUGAAAGAGAAAUCGACAUGGCCUCGAGAUGUCGCCAUCCUUGUUUGUUGCAGUUUAUUGGGGCAACGGCAGACCAUAAGAAACCGCUCAUGGUAACGGAACUCAUGGACACAAGCCUAAGGAAACUAUAUGAAGAUCACAAACUUACCGGAAAAGAAGUUUUCGUUAUCUUUCUAGAUGUGGCUCUAGCUCUAAACUACCUGCACCAAAACACACCCGAACCCAUAAUCCAUCGGGACGUUAGUAGCGCUAACGUAUUAUUAUGGAAAAAGGGAGAGCAAUGGAGAGCAAAAGUUUCUGAUUAUGGUACAGCCAAUUUUGUUCGCCAGAGUGUGAGAAACUACGCAGGCGCUGUACCUUAUUGUGCACCGGAGAUCGUUGAUGAAACGGGAUGUAACAGCUGUAAGGUAAGCAUCUUGAAGUCAGUUUUCCUAAGUACUCUUUCCGCAUUUUUAAAAUUUUAACUGACGAUAAGAUGUUUUAUUGCUUGAUUUGCUCUUAAAUAUCAAUAGCCCACCCUCAGAAAAGGAGCAGAAACGGAUUAAGAUACCUCUGAAUUAAAUUUUGUCUUUAGAUUGAUGUCUAUAGCUUUGGUGUUCUUCUUUGCGAAGUGUGCAUCAGGGAACCGCCAAAUCCUAAUGAACGUCGUCGCCAAGUAAAGUUGGUAAAGGACGACGGAUUUAGACACCUUGUAGAUAGCUGCCUGAUGGAAGCACCCGGUGACAGGCCAAAUAUGGAGGAGAUAAUAACUAAACAUUUAAACCAAACUUUCCCUAGUAAAACGGCCUAUCUUUACAGUAAGACCUUACCUACUGACGAAUCACUGCCCGUUGUAAGUAUUUAAUCAGUCUUCGCGUUUGUUACAUUGAUCGUUACAUUGAAACAAAGGUAAGAACGCGUUUAACUUAAAAUCGAACAUCCUGGUAGCAGGCAGACAGUCACAUCUCUUAACAAGUGCUUUAUUCGUUUUCGAUCGCUUUCGUAGAAAUCGUAAACCGAUGGAAAAUGCGGUCUACUGCUUAGUUAUAACACACACUUUCACAAAUUUUUUAAACGCUAAACUGCUCAGGAUGGAAUCGCAGAAUCACAGCUCAGGUUAACAGCAUUAAGUAAGGUUUGAUAAGGUCAUUAUUAAGAUCGAUUUUUCAUCUCUAUACCUGAGAAUUCCAAGUUACGGCCUUUGCAUAACUUUUCAAUAACUGCUAAAGGCUUAAGUGUUUUAAAAUACAACACUUUUUUUUUACAGCUGUUUUCAUAGAUGUUUGGUAGUGGUCAGAUAUUUUGCCUUGUUAGUUUUCAACAAAAUCCAGAACAGUAUUAUGAAAAUUUUGAUCUCAUAUUUCGAAACUUUUGUUAUUCUUGCGGUCUUAUCGUCUCAUUAACAGCCGCUUUUUGGAGGCGUCAAGGAAUGACGCUCCCGGUCCUCAACAAAAGAACGUUGUUUUUUUAUCCUACCCAAAAAAUAAAUGGUUUUAAAGGAGACUGCAAAGCACAGAUCGUUUCAGGAAAAACUUACAGUCGAACCUGUAUAGGGUGGUCACCCUGUAUUAAGCGGCCGGUUUUCAAAAUCCCGAAUCUGUUUCCCCUUUCAAUCACUGUAAUUUUCACCUCUAUUGGACGCUUACCCCUAUUAAGCAGUCGUGGUCACCUUUGAGUGAGUCCCAUCGGCCUGUUUGUAUCGUCUUUUGUCCGCGUUGAACGGUCACUUAAAGCGGGACCACUCAAAUGAAAUUUAGAAUAACCUUUGAAGUAAAAUUUAAUACAUAUUUCUCUCCCGAAAUCAGUGUAAGUAUAUAUUUUUCGAGCAACUUUUUUUUGAUUUAACGGUCAAUUAUGGCAUAAAAUGGCGUUUUUUUGGUUUUUAUAUUUCCGCUCUUCUAUCCCCGCCAUUUCCCAUGGGUAACCGCUUAAUACAGGUUUGACUGCACAUGACGUCAGCUUCUGCUUUUGUUUUCAGAAACUUUUGUUCUUUGGUUAUACGAGUGGCAUAGAGAUGGUUGUGCUUUUUGAAGUGCCGCUUUUGUUACCAAGGUCACCUAUAAAAAUUUACAAAUAUAUUAUAGGAAAUAAACAAUGAUCAAACGAAAUAAACUAGUGACGAGCGGCAAAGCAAAGAUGACAAAGAAUUUAGGUGGAAUUUUCUAUGUAUAACCCGAUCAGACAGUGAGCUGCGUGUUAAUUUGUAAAUUUUUUUGUUAUUCUUGCGCAAGUAUUUGAAUAAAGUAAUUGUAAAUACUUACCCACUAAGCAAAUAAGUAUUCGGGUUUUUUUGAGGUAUAUCAUUUGUAGAAACCAUAUUUAUUAUGGUGGCUGCUAACCUGAUGUAUUACUGCAGUUUAACUGGAGAAAAGUAUUGUUAGCUUUGUACAUGUAAAUUGUAGAUUUGAGUAGAAUUAAAGCAAUAGCUCUGAAUGAUAGCUUAUGUGGGUUUCAUAGAUGCGUUGCGCUAACAAGGCCCUCAGGAGAGGAAUAACAUACAUGUGGUGAGGACAGGCGUGGUCACAGAAGUGUGGCAUGGAAGAUGCCUUCGCAGGUGUGUCACGUGUUUCAUUUAAUGAAAGCACCAUUACCAAAUCAAAGCGGAAUUCUAACGAUAUCAGGAUGGCUACCUGAGACGUUGAUUAUCAUUCAACUUAAAACAAAACGGUGCCAAUUAAAAUCACUCAUCUCAACACUUAUUAUAUGCUACAAGGAACGAACAAAUGUGUCUUAACUACCGGUAAUUUACAGAUGGUAAUCAGCGUGACACAAGGGUCUUGUAAAACGAAUCGACAAGGACAUUUUAUACGAUAUGCAAAUUUGACAGCACCGGUAAACUGCCGCUAAUAAUUUUUUUUUCCUCCAAACAAUGCAGCUCAGAGUAAGGUUUCAGUCUGAAAGAACAAAAUCUUAAUUCUUGAUUAUCAACAGACUAUUACCUCAGGGUAAUUUAGUAAUAUCAACUGAGUUGAUAACGUAAAUUGGCCACCAUAAAGGGUUUCAAUGCUGACGUUUCGAGCGUUAGCCCUUCAUCAGAGCUAUUGCUAUUACCUCAUCUAUUAUCUCAUCCUCUCCUAAGAACUGAUUAAUUGCUUGAUUCUGAAUAAUGACUAACCGUUAAAAAAAAAACUAGGUUCCCUAUGAUAUGUAAGUUGUCACUUUAUUUAACGGGAAAUCCUCUCGUGUCCACACAUGUGCUUUGUGAGUCAAUUUUGGAACACGGAUACAAAAAACCCUCUUUGAUUGCAAUAGGGCUUAACUGCGCAUGUUCAUUUUUCAGAUACGUUUUGCAUGUUAGUGCACCUUUUGUCUAAGAUCUAGAGGCUUCGCUGCCUGUCACGCAACUUCCUGUUGACUACGUCGAACCAAAAAACUUCGUAGUCAUCCAAGAUAUAGACUGAAACGUGUUUAGAACAGCUGAACAAACGAUAGCGAGGAUUUGAAUCAUGGAGAACAAAUAUCGAAUGUUUGAGAAUCAGCCAUCCCAUCGAAAGACAUCGAAGCAUCAUACUGAGGUAAAGAAUGUAAGUUCAUCUUGCUCGUCUAUGUCUUAAGCGUAAUUUCUUCCAGUCGGUUGUGUUUAUAUGGAAGAUUUUACGCCAGUAACUAACGGCGUAAUUUCUUCCAGUCGGUGAUAAAUAUAUGUAAGAUUUUACGCCAGUAACUAACGGCGUAAUUUCUUCCAGUCGGUGAUAUAUAUAUAUAAGAUUUUACGCCAGUAACUAACGGCGUAAUUUCUUCCAGUCGGUGAUAUAUAUAUGUAAGAUUUUACGCCAGUAACUAACGGCGUAAUUUCUUCCAGUCGGUGAUAUAUAUAUGUAAGAUUUUACGCCAGUAACUAACGGCGUAAUUUCUUCCAGUCGGUGAUAUAUACAUGUAAGAUUUUACGCCAGUAACUAACGGCUUAAUUUCUUCUAGUCUAUUAAUCUACCGACUGGGUUAGUGGCGUAAAAUCUUACAGUAUAUAGACUGUGUUAGUCGCAUAUUACGCCGUUAUAUAUAUUCCCAGUUUUUAUUGCCAAAGCCUCAGGAAAAUACUUAGUCGCUAAAUAAAUUAUUGAGCUGUGAGGCAGGCAAGUGAAACCCUUCAGUUGUAAUAACCACUGUUUGCCAAGUCUAGUGUCGAUUUUGAGUUUUGCGAUUCGAGGUUUCGAUUUCCUUGUCCAAAAAUAGGGUAGAUGCACGUAUCAAGACUUACUGUACAGUUGCAGUCACGUGCCUUUUGAUUCCACUUUUCAACAGUUAUGAAGAGCCAUUUUUAAAAUAAACCCCUAGGGACACUGCAGGCAUGCCAAACAAAACAAGCUGCUCAACACCCUAAUGAAAUUUAGUAGUAUCACUUCAUAACUUGCUUGAAGGUCAGCUCAGUUAGCGACGGUACGCUGGGGCAUUUCCGUUGUGAGAUCAAUAACGUAGAGGGAAGAAAGUUGGAAGAAAACCGUGAGAAAGUCGUCAAAAUAAAAAGUUCAAACUUUGUUUACAUAAAGUGUGAGGCAUAGCCAAGCCGCCAUGCACUUCCAGCGGAUUACUUCUGACAAUGAUCAAUUUUGUUAUCAAUUGAAUUUGUCAAAACGUCACGCAACAACGCCAGUCCCGUAGAGGGCUACCCUCAAUUGGACGCUCAGACCACCCAACCGACUACUGUCGAACACCAAGAAUAUAAGGCCCUUUACUUAUCAGUUACCACUCUGAUAUCAGCCUUACAAUUUAAUUGUCUUGUUAUUUCCUAUAAUUAACACAGACCAUGUUGUAUUUUGUCAUUUACCUACGACGUGCAAUUUUUAAAAAGUAUUCUCCAGUACUACGUAUGAAGUGUUUUAACUGGCCCAAUUGUUCCUGAAAUUAAAAAUGUAAGAAUAAUUGAGUAUCUUGUAUGCUUCUCUGAUUUUUAUAUCUAUCAGAACAGCACUCAUCAGUAAGUAGACAACUGAUCACCUCCAUGUUAAAACCUCUUGUAAGGUGUUCAAAGCUGAGGAAGGUUUGACCUUACACGCGGCUACAAUAAAUACAAAAUCGUGUUACUUUUUCUCAAGCAUCUUCUUAAAAUUGUACCUAGGGAAAUCCGGGCUGGAGAAAAUCGUUGGGUUUGAAUAACCUGACGUCUAGUAGCCGGUCAAGACUCUCAUGGCUUUUUCGAAGAAAAGGUGAAGUAAAGGAAAGAAUUGACCCAGAACUUGAAGUCAAUCAAAGAGUUGUGACCUUUAUCGAGGACCAUGUAUCCAGAGGGACUGUUCGUCAUAUUGGUGAGGAGAAAGACGCUGAUGGAAAUGUUCAAAAGAUUCUUGGCUUGGAAAUGGUAAGGCCUGUACUUAUAAGAAUUUUGUUUGUGAAAAAGAGCAGUGAUAGAACAAGUAUCGAUGUUUAAGAUUCAGUCAUACAGUACUGAUGUCGUCUUUAUAUAUUACAUGACCUAAGAAAAUGAUGUUCUCUGAGAGGAUUAGCUCCUGAACCUCAUGCAAAGAUUUAGCGGCCGGCCAUUUUAACAGGAUUCGUGCCACCUGCUUUUAUUAUUAUUUACCGAUAGGUUAUGUUUUAUCUUCAGGAAUGACUUGGCUUUAAGAUUUGCUACUUUGUGUCUCGUAUUAGAUUGGCAGCAAUUUGGCCUGAUACCUUUAGAGAACACUUUCCCAUCACUUAAGGCUGAAAAGCAGCCAUAUACUCAUUUCUCGGAGUUUUGCAUGUAAAGUGUUGUAGUUUUAUAAAUGCUGAUAGCUUUUAACAACUUAAAGCAAAUUAGUGAGAAAACAAAUAAGUUAUCUGCAGUAUUGGUUAAAAGAAAGAAGGUAGAAAUUGUCUCUUGUAUAGCUGCGUAGGUUUUCUAGCGACUUUGUGAUAUUCUGGUAAAAAUAAUUACGGCUGUAAAAUUCCUUUUGAACUUCGGGUAGGACGAAAGUUUCAGCAUAGGUGGAUGUGGAAGAAGGAAUGGAAGACAACUAUUCACUUGUGAAGAUGGUUUUUCCAUGUUUAUUCCUCUGGAAUCUGUUAUGCUAGAGAGAGAGUUUGACGCUGAACCUGAAGAGCCUGAAACACCGGAAGAGAGUUCUGAGGAAUUCGAUUCGCAGUCCGACGAUAAUUCAUCAGGUAAGGAACACUAGUCUUCUGAACAUAAAGCCAAUAGUGCCAGGUGAGCUGUAGAGUUAUCUAUGUAUGAGACACAGGCACAAAAACCUAAUUAUCAAGGACUUUGACAGCGACAAUAGAUAAAAGCUCUCAUUAUCAGGGCUAAAAUCACUGUCCUGCCGAAACACAUCGCCAUUACUGUUUUUUUUUCACGUCAAAUACAUGUAUCACUUCUUCGCUGCCCUGGGAAUUCAUCUAUUCUUCUAUUGAGGAUACUUAUGGCUGGUUACCUGUCAUGUUAAUCGUUUACAAUAGAAUAUUCAGUACUUGAUAAAUGCUAUAUGUCUCAUUUUGUUUGGUUAUGUAGCGCCUUGGACAUUUGAACUUCAGUGGUGCCCUGUAGAUUUUGACUUAUCAUCAUUAUCUAGGUAUUUGUCGCGCUUUUGGGUCCACGUGAGAUUUUUUUGAUAGAUUAAAUGAUGCUUGGCCCGUUUAGUGCUGAGAUUUGCCAUUUGGAUUGAUUCUUAGAAACGGGUCCUGGUCCUGGGGCACAGUUGGAUGAAGAAACAACGCAUCAAAACAAUGGUAUUUCGAAACAGCAAGUAAGACAGGAACCAGAAACUUUUCUGAACAAAGCACUUCAAGAAAGUGAGAAAGAGCUGGAGACUGCACUUCAACAAACGAAGGCUGCCGAAGAGGACUACCAGGAAGAUUUUUCCAUUACAGCUGUUAGAUUCCACGACGGAGAGAAAGACGAAGAGCGACGAGAGGAGAAUUUUUGUUCAGGGUUAAGUGACACUGAACAGAGAUUAAGAGAGGAACUUACAAGAACAGAAAUUAGAGUAGUUUUGUUAAGUAAUCAGCUCUCAAGAAAGCAUCAGGAUGCGAAAAACUUUCAGAGACAAAUUCAGAAGAUGGAGCAACAGUUGACAGUAAGAGAAGAUCGAAAAGAGAAUUUUAGAACACAACUGGAUAAGGAGCAAAGAUUGCGAGCGGAAUUAAACGAAAGAGAAACGACAGAAAUUCUGCUACGAAAGCAGCUCAGAGAAAAGGAUUGUCAAGAAGCAAGCCUCCAAAGAACACUAUGUGAGCAAGAGCGGCAACUGGAAAAGGAACGAAGAUUACGAGAAGAAUUAAUCGAAAAAGAAGCAACAGAAAUUCUGCUACGAAAACAGCUCAGAGAAAUGGAUUGUCAAGAAGCACACUUCCGGAUGCAACUGAGGAUGCAAAAGCAACAACUGGAGGAGAAAGUUAAGGGAGAUGAAACUUUAAGAGAACAAUUUCAGGAAAUGGAACGCAGGUUGAGGGAAGAAAUAACUGAAAAAGAUGCAAGACAAGUAGUUUUGUGUGAAAAGAUCACCGAAAAGGACCAGCAGUUGACGGAGAUGAUACAACAAUUGACAGUGACAGUGGAGCGGGAAGAAGAUCUUAAGACGCAGAUAAAGAAUGUAGAAGAACAGCUGAGAGAGAAUGAGGAGCAAGUUGAGAAUUUACGAACGAACCUGAAAGAUGUAGAGAAACGAUUAACACAGAAAGAGGCACAAGAAGAAAAUUUACGAUUAAGCCUGGAGCAGAUGGAGCAAAGGAUGAGAGAAGAAUUAACACAAAAGGAAACGAGAGAAACUGAGUUGCGCAAACAGCUUAGCGAAAGGGAGGAGCAGGCUGUUGACUAUCAGAGACAUUUGAGCGGGAUGGAACAGCAAUUGUCAGAAAAAAAUGAUCAAAAGGAAACUUUACUGAAACAACUUAGAGAGAUGGAACAACGAUCGAGAGAGGUUACAGCGGAGAAUGAGAUGAGAGAAAAUGAGUUUCGUGAACAAAUCAGAGAGAGAGAACAAGAACUGAGGGAGAUGGCACAUCAGUUGACUGAGAAGGAGCAACAAGAGGAGAACUUACGCGCGCAAAUAAGGAUGCACUUAAUGGAACAACGACUGAGAGAAGAAAUGGAAGAAGAAGCUACUAGGUUAGGUGAACAGCUUAGAGAAAGGGAUCAACAAAUAGAACACUUUCAGAUGCAGUUGCAAGGGCUACGUGAACAACUCAGAGAAAAGGAUCAGCAUUUAGCAAACGUUCGAACGCAGCUGGACGAGCGAGAAGUACCCAGGACAGAUUUCCAGCACCAAUUUAGAGAAAUUGUAGCAAAAAAUUCCAAUCUAAGACAGCAGGUUGUUAACCUCGAGAAUCAAGCCGGAUCACAGUCCAAUGAUUGGGUAAUUUCCCGGGAUGAUAUUCAGUUGACUGAUAAUAGCCUUGGAGUUGGAGGGUGGGGCGAGGUUUUCGAGGGCAGGUACUGUGGCUGUUCUGUUGCUGUGAAGCGAAUCCAUGAGGCAAUUAACUCGCCUUACAACCAGAGUUUGUUCCAGAGGGAAAUUGAUAUUGCUUCAAGAUGCCGACACCCUUGCUUGCUGCAGUUUAUUGGAGCGACUAAUGACGAGGAAAUUCCAUUGUUUGUUACUGAGCUGAUGGAAUCAAAUUUGCGCGAGCUACUGGGACAACGACCUCUUUCCCAUAAGGAAAUCACCAUAAUUUCGCUUGAUGUGGCUCGAGCGUUGAACUACCUCCACCAAAAGAAACCUUUUCCUAUUUUUCACCGCGAUGUUAGUAGCGGCAAUGUGUUGCUAUGGCGACAGGGUGACCAAUGGCGAGGCAAAGUGUCAGAUUAUGGCUCUGCUAAGUUUGAGGAACAGUUCAUGUCAAUUGGCCCAGGAUGUUUCGCCUACAGUGCACCUGAAGUGCAGAGACCAGCAAAGCAUACAGCAAAGGUGAGAAAAUAAGCUUACAGAAUUUCCUUGGAGAAAUUUUUUUAAAAACAUAAACCUUUUACAAUUAAGGAUCACAUGGUACUUGUGUAACUUGGUCUUGCGUCGUGUGCUCGGUCAACGCAAAACGGCAGUGUGCUCGGUCUACACAAACGGCAGAGUGUGCUCGGUCUACGCAAACGGAAAAGAGCUUGUGAAAACAGCGAUCUUAUUUAAUUGUCUUUUCUUGUUCUGCUUUUUAGAUUGAUGUCUAUAGUUUCGGUGUUCUCCUCUGUGAAAUGUGCAUUCAGACAUUCCCGGAUUAUCAAAACCGUGAACGUCAAAUCGCUCAGAUAACAGACCAUGUAUUGCAAGACCUCGUCCGCCGAUGUCUGCGGUCAGAUCACACUGAAAGACCAGACAUGGCAGAGAUUAUUAGUAUACUGGAAGACUUUGAUAAAACAGAACAUUUAAUUGUAGGCGAUAACUAUCCAGCUACAGAGCAGUUAUAUUAGGCUGUAACAUGCAAUCCCAGAGUCUCAAUCUGCAAAACACGACGAGUGAAAACAAAAAAAAACUCUAGGGGAAAGAACUUAUUCAGAAAUUUUGUGUAAGCAUAUUUGGACCCAAAGCAAUACUUUACGUGUUGGAUUGAUUUCAAAAUAGUACCAAUAACCGGGUUCAGAAUGGUUCGUCCCAGUCUUGGAUUUGUACCCUCCCACAUGAUAUUAAGAUAAAAUUUGUUGACACCUGGUCGUUGAUUUUUAUUUGAGCCAUCCACAAUUUUUGGUGGUUUGAAAGCUUGUACCGCUACCACGGAACCC